AUGGGCAGGUUGGACACCAACCCUACAGCCUUCUCCGCCUUCGACGACGAUGCCUAUGGCUUCCAGCCGCUGAACCCCGAUGACGUCCGCUCCUACCUCCACAAGGUCGUGGACUUCAUCUCCGACUACUACAAGUCCAUCGAGUCCCUACCUAUGCUGCCCGACGUCAUGCCAGGGUACCUGCGAAAUGAGCUACGGUCCGUGCCGCCCACGUCCUCCACUCCAUUCGACGUCACCAUGAAGGUGCUCACCGCCUCCGUUGUUCUAGGGAUGACCCACUGGGCCAGCCCCAACUGCUUUGCCUUCUUCCCGUCCACCAACAGCGCCGCAGCCAUCGCCGACGACCUCAUCACCGCUGCCAUGAACUCCGUCGGCUUCACGUGGCUGGCCGCGCCCGUAGCCACCGAGAUGGAGGUGCUCGCACUCGACUGGCUCGCGCAGCUCUUGCGCCUGUCGUCUAGCUUCAUGAACCGCACUGGUGCCGCUGGGCAUGGCACCGGCAGUGGCGUUAUCCUGGGAACCACCAGAGAGGCCAUGCUCUGGCUCCCAGGGCGUGUCCGGGCUGCCACUCUUGGCCGUGUAUGCCGCGGACUAGACCCACUCCACCUUCUUCAAGGCAUGCUGCCUCACCGGCUUCGACCCUGUCAACAUCCGCGCCUCCCCACCGGCCCGGAGACGAACUACGCUCUCGACCCUGUGAGGCUGGUCGAGGUCAUGCAAGCCGACGCGGACGCCGGCCUCGUGCCGACAUACGUCUGUGCCACGGUCGGCACCACAUUGUCCAACACCGUCGACCCUAUAGGAUCCAUUGCCGAUGUCGCUGCCAUGUUCAACGCGUGGGUGCACAUCGACGCCGCCUAUGCCGACAGUGCGUGUAUCUACCCGGAGUUUCGGCACCACCUCGAUGGCGUGGAGCGCAUCGACUCUAUAAGCAUGAGCCCGCACAAGUGGCUGCUAACCUGCCUAGACUGCACGUGCCUGUGGGUGCGUGACACGCACCGGCUCAACGACUCGCUGGAGACCAACCCAGAAUACCUCAAGAACAACGCCAGCGAGUCCGGCAAUGUCACCGACCUCAAGGACAUGCAGGUCGGCGGCGGCCACCGCUUUCGGGGGCUCAAGCUCUGGAUGGUCAUGCGCACCUAUGGCACCGCCAAGCUCCAGGAGCACAUCCGGAGCGACGUCGCCAUGGCUAAGAUGUUCGAGGACAGUGUCAGGUUCGACGACCGGUUUGAGGUCGUGGUUCCUAGAAACUUCGCGCUCAUGUGCUUCAAGAUCAAGCCCCAUGGCGGCAGCAUGACGAAGGAGGACGCCGACGAGGCCAACCGUGAGCUCAUGGAGCGCCUCAACAGGACCGGGAAGGCGUACCUGGCACACACGGUGGUCGGCGACAGGUUUGUGCUGCAGUUCGCCAUGGGGUCGUCGCUGCAGGAGGAGAGGCACGUCCAGAGCGUGUUGGAGCUCAUCAACAAGACGACCACCGAGAUCAUGGAGGAACAGAUCGUUGCAGUUGUGGAGUAG